CCUUCGAGACGAGACAAACAUGGCAACUAGAYGCUGGUCAUAAACUAAGUAUUUACAAAUUUCACUUGCAUUUGAGGCCUAAAAUUUAGGCUUAAAAAUAACCUAAACGCAUAAAAAAGGACUUUAAACAAGAAAGAUUCUCAAUCAAUCGAAAUAUGGACGGAGAAGGUCGUCGUGGUGGCGAUACGUCGGCCGAAGGCGCUGCUUUGGGGUUCAUGAUGACGGUCGGUGUGAUGGAAGACUUGCUUGAAAAACUCAAACUUCUUGACUAUGAAACAGAGUUUUGUAAAGCUCUUGGCUUUCGACCACUUACCAGACACUAUUUUGCACUGCCAACCAAUCCAGGAGAACAGUUCUUUACAUUUACAUCACUGGCUGCAUGGCUUCUGAACCAGUGUGGUAGACACUUUGAACAGCCACAAGAGUAUGAUGAUCCUAAUGCUACAGUUUCAAACAUCUUGGAUGAAAUGAAGAAACUMGGAAUAGUGACCGAUUUUCCUCCCUCUAAACUCAAGACUGGCUCUGGAGAACAAAUCUGUUAUUGUAUAGACAAACUGUCUGAUGAAGCACUGAAAUUGAAAAAAUUUAGUUGGAAAAGGCCAUUGCAUCCUGAAGAAGACUUUGAAGAAGAAACAAUGGAGGAAGAUGAAUCAGAGUUGACGAUGAACAAAGUUGAAGRAGAAUUCAUUGAUGACCAUGAUGCUGAUAUUGAAGAAGAUGAUAGUUACUUGGAUCUGACAAGAUUAAAAGAACAAAGCUCUCUAAUGAAUAGUGAAAUAUCAAAGCCAGAAUCUGUGAUGGAAUCUAAUGUGGAUGCUGCUGAAUGGAAGCUUGAAGUAGAACGAGUACUACCUAUGCUGAAAGUCCACAUCAGAACUGAUAACAAGGAUUGGAGAACACAUUAUGAACAGAUGCAACAGCACAGUGAUGGAAUCAAGUCAUCUCUAUCAGAGACAAGGGGACAUCUUGAUAAGCUGCACCAUGAGAUCAGCAGAACCCUGGAGAAGAUUUCUAGCCGAGAAAAAUAUGUUAACAACCAGUUGGAACAUCUUCUGCAUGAGUUCAGAGGUCUACAGGACACCCUUGCAGAGACUAAAGAAAGAUACAAACAAGGCAGUGGUGGAGUCACAGAGCUUACAAAGAAAUUAGCACAGAUAACAGAAGAACUAGAGACAGUUAAGGCACAGAUGGACGAACGAGGAACAAACAUGACCGAUGCAGGUCCGUUAGUGCGAAUCAAGCAGUCGUUAACGAGACUGAGACAGGAAGUACAACAGAUGGAAGUGCGCAUAGGUGUGGUGGAACAUUCUUUGCUGAGUUCAAAGCUUCGGGAUCGSAGCGCCUUGAGAGAAGAUAUGCAAGCACCGCUUAGUGAUCACAACCUUGCUUUCAAAGCAUACUGACAUCGCACACACUCAACGUGCAUGCACGUAAACCCUUUUAUUGUACACACAUUCGUAAAAAUACCGACCUCGUCCGCAUUCAUUCACCCCUAUCCUAAUGGACCCUUAACAUGAAAAUACAAAUGAAAGCCGCAAAUUCCAUCGAGAAAAAGUGUGAUUUCUUUUGCAUUUUCAUGUUAGCCUUGCAUCCAUGAUACUUUUGAGAAGUGUCCAUUCAUUCAGUUGCGGGAAAAUUUUGGGAAAGCGCGCGAACAAAUUUGGUAUUCCUUCCUCCAGCUGCGCUAUAUAAGCACACGCCUUCGAUCAAUGUUUCAACACUGAUAUUAGUUAUACAUUAGCGAUYUUAAAAUAGAGGGAUAGGAUGCGCUAUCAUGAUAAUCAUUCCUCUUAAUCUCGUGUACAUAAAGUCUCCAUUACACUGAUUAAAACCAUUUGGAUCAA